ACACAACGAUGGAGAGAUGAAAACAGUCAACUUGAACAACAUGGUAAGGGAUUCCUUCUUCAGGGUCCCUCCACUAGAGGUCAAUGGCUGGUAUGAGGCUCUCCUCACCUUCAGGGACAUUCUCUACGAUCCCCAGAACUGCAUAACCUACAAGAUGAAGGCUGGUGAUAUGGUUAUAUUCGACAACCUGCGGGUCCUGCAUGGACGUGAAGGCUUCCCGCCAGGCGAGGGAGAGCGGCUACUGGAAGGCUGCUACUGGGACUGGGACGGUGUCCGCUCGCGACGCCGAGUCCUCCAAUCUAAACUAUUAACCUAAGACGUUGAUCUAAGUAAUUCAUCAUGAGUGAUAUGAAUAGUGAGCCAUAAGGAUGUCCUUUUUAUUUAAUCCUACACACAGAAAAAAAUAUUGUUUUACUUGUUUUCCUUCAUGAAAGUGUAAUUUAUACUAACAAACAUAGACAGAUAAACAAAGACCAUAUAUCUAGAACAAGAAAAAAUAAACAGAUUGUGUAUGUGUAUCAUAUAUCUAG